AUGUCCAGCACUAUCGACGAGACUCCCCUCAGCGCCUUCCCCUACGAGCGCCGCAACUCGCUGGAGAAACACCUCCAGACGCGCCCGGAGAUGCAGGACCUCAAGAACCGUCAUAUCCUGCUGAACACCAACGUGGCACCAUCUCUCCAGUCCGCCCAGCAAGAACUGGACCGCCAGCGCGCUACAGACAGUCUGAAGAAGAACCUGGAGAAGAGACCUGAGCGGGAUGAGCUUGUGGAGCGUAAUAUCCUCCCCGCGUCGACCGCUGCGCCAGCCCUGCAGGCUCAGGCCCGUGAACUCGAGCGCCAUAUGUUGGCCGAUAAUUUGGAGCAUAAGAUUCAGAAUCGUCCCGAGCCCGAGUCGCUUAUUACCCAGGGCAUUUUGACGGAGGAUGAGGAUCCACGCUCGUCGUGA